UUCAUUCAUUCAUUCAUUCAUUCAUUCAUUUAUUUAUUUAUUUAAACUAGUUCCUUCAGUGGUAUGCUUGGGGACAUUUGUAGAGACAGUAUUUUCUCCAUGCCUUUCUAGGGUAUAAUUUGGUUUAAAUCAGUGCACAGAUUAGCAGAAAAUUCUUUAUCCCUUUGCUCAUACACACUUGCUCAGUAUUGAGUGUAUAUUGGGGUGCUCAUGAUGGAGCCUGGCUGGUGACUUCUCUUCUUAUUAAAAAAAAUAAUGGGUGGGAACAGGAUCCUAAUGCGUGGCCAUGACUCAUGAAUGAGGGAACGAGAUCCUUUACAUCAUAGGGCAGUGGUAGCUCAGUGGUUAUGUUGGAUUACUGAUCAGACGGUCAUGAGCUCAAAUCCCAGCACUGCCAAAAUACCAAUAUUGGGCACUUGAGCAAGGUCCUUAACCCUCGACUGCUCAGUUGUAUGAAUGAGAUAAAUGUAAGUCGUUCUGGAUAAGAGCGUCUGCCAAAUGGCGUAAAUGUAAUGUACAUCUUGGUAAUUUCAGGGGAGUGGUGAGGGAGUGAUAUAACAGCAUGAUUCAUUCCUUGUUGAAAAUAAAAUGAACCUUUUUUCCACCCAGUUCUUUUUAAGCAAGAAAUAUUUUUCAAAUAAGUAAAGGAACAAAUUAGUAAAACGUAUUAAGUCAUGGGAACGAAUUCUUCUUAAUUCGUGGCCACCACAUGUUUGUUUUACACACAUGUUCUGUACCCUCUUGUGGCCACAACCUAAUUAUCUCGUCUCCACGACUUAAAGAUCUCGUUCCCAUGUGCUAAUGAACUGUAGCCACUCUUUGUUUUUGUGAAGAAGGGAUGUCGCCAGCAGGACAGCUUUUUCACUUUAUUCGGAUGACCUGGAUUCCGUAGAGUUUGUUAUCCGAUGUUGACCUUAAGGCUGUGGUUCUUGUCGCACAUAGAAAUGAAUCCACAGUGUCUGAUGAAACUAAUUAAUGAAGUCAGGGUUGUUGUUCUUUUGUGUGUGAGACUCAGAUGGAACAUUGGAACCACACACACACCUUUGGGUGGAUUGUACGAGGAGAUUUUGGGAUGUUGGGAGCUGGACAGAAGCAGAGUGUGUUCAUAAAGCUGCAGUAAACCCGGAGGGGGCGGAGAUCUUAACAUCUGUACCACUCACUUACACACACGCACACACACACACAUACACGCACAGCAGAGGUCAGCCUCACACCCCACCAGCAGCUUGGAGACUUUUCUCUCAUAUUACCUCAGAAGCUGUUUUAAGAUGAAGUGUGCCUGUUUUCUCUACAUGCUGCCGUCUGCAGCCUUUCUCAUGCUGAGUUUUUCAUUAACCUACGGGACUCCGUCGAUAUACAGUUUAUUCCAAGGCGCCCCGUUUUCCAGCUCGAUCCCGAAACAACGCAGCAAAAACUGGUGUGCCUUCGUAGUGCACAAGAACGUGACGUGCGCUGUACUGGAAGUGACGGAAAGUGUGGAGUCUGACAACGCACCCUGUCCUGAACAUCAGCCCCACUGUAGUCAAACUGGAAUAUACCGCAUUCACACUAGACCAAUAUACAAGGUGGGCUACAAGCAGGUGACUGAGCUGGAAUGGAGGUGUUGUCCAGGUUACCGUGGUUAUGACUGCAUGGAGCUCAAGGAUGCUGUACCACCAUCUCAAGUUCUCCAGGAACCACAACCAGAUCUGCCGUCUGUCUACAAACCACAACAGAGUGUCCUCGGACCAGAUGGUUCCUCUGGUGCUCAUCCUUGGAUGCAACCUGGGCAAAGUGGACAAACCAGGCACCCUUGGACUACGGGUGGAGAGUCUGGAAGACCGGGGGUUCAUGAUGGUCAUCGAGUUCGAGAGUUAGAAGAGGAAGUACAGCGUCUUUCUCAAACGGUCCUUGACAUGCAGGCUGCCAUGACUACUGCCAAUGCUAACUUGCGUCUAGAUCUGCAAGAAGAUGCAAGCAAGAUAAUCCUGAACCUACUUGGCCAUCUGCAACAACCACAGGAUGCACUGACUGGAGGCACUGAGAGCAUCGUGCUGCCCACAGACCUGACAAUGUCUCCAGUUUCUGAGAUGCUUCAGAAUCAGGUCACCCACCUUUCCAACACGAUCAGCACCAACACCAACACCAUUCAGAGCCUGGAGGCUAAGUUCCAGCAGAUUGAAGGCCAGAUGAACCAACUAAAAGAGGCAGCCAGUGGUAUUAAGAUUCCAGUUCCUUCCUCUACCUUGGCCAGUGAGUGCCCAUGCCAGACUUACAUUGAUGAGAAAUUUCAAGCUCUCCGUGAGGAGCUGCUGGAAGGAAUGGACAUUAAGAUGGCUGAUUUGAAGAACUCCUGUGAGUACAAAGUGGAGUUAAUCAAAGAGCAGUGUGAGGAACAGGAGACCUCCUACCUAAGUCUUACUGAGCUCCUUGACUCCAAAGAGGCUGACCUACGCCAGGAAAUCCAUGACCUGAGGCACCUUGUUUCAAACAGCACUUCUAAAGUAUUGGAAGUUUCACAUUUUCAAGUUGAGAUCCAGAGCCUGAAGAAUGUGCAUCAGAGUUUGGAUAGUGCUAUAAAUGCAACAAACAAGCAACAGAAGGCUUUAGAGGAGGCCCUGAACACAAGGUUUAGCCAAGUAGAAAAGAGUUCAGAAAAGCACUGCCUCAAACUUGAGGAAAAGUUAAGAAGUGAGAGGGCUAAGGAACAAGAGGCACAGAACAAAACUCUGGAGAGCAGGAUCAGUGCAGCUCUACAGGUCUAUGGAGACAUGCGAUUGCACACCAUGCCAACAGAUAGUCAAAAUAUAUUAGAGAUGGAAAAACAGACACAGAGUCUGAAGAGUGAGGUGAGCACUCUUAUGCAGCGGGUUACACGUGUAGAGAGCUCGGUCCGAAUUCUCAACGAGUCCCUAAGCCAUCACAGCCAUAUGGACAGUCUGUAUAACAAACUAGGUGAACUGGAGGAAGUUUGUGGGAGGAACCAAGAAUCAGCCAACAAAGUGGAGGAGAUGUUGUCUGGAAUGGAUGGGCGGGUGGCCAAUGUUGAAAGGGUCUGUGGCAGAUUGGAGCCAAUGUCAGACAGUCUUAAGAGAAUUAAAGAUGGACUUAACAAACAUGUUAAUGGCCUCUGGAACUGUGUCCGAAAGCUCAACAGCACUGUCCUCACUCACGCUACAGACAUCAGCACACUCAGAGAAAAUACGCACACCAACGUGGUCAAGCAGAGUGAAACCACCACAAUGCGGCAAUAUGCAGGUCCAGGUGUUCAUUCUGGUAUGGAGGACUCUAAUGUUCUCAUGGAGAAAGCUACUCCAAUUUUAGAGUCUGGAGAAGCAGGGCCACCUGGAACCAAGCUUUCAUCACAUCCCCCUCAGGACAGCAAUGGCAAUAAGACACUUGUUAAGGGCUAUGCUUCAGCUCCAGGCUUUUCUCCAUCAUCCUCAGUCUCUGUUACAGCUCAUAUUCUUUCAGGUCCUUCCAGUGCGCCUGUGUCCUUUUCGGCUGGUCUGACCCUCUUCCCCUUUUCUGAAGAGGUCGGCAUCAUCCGCUUCGACAGAGUGCUGCUGAACGAUGGUGGCCACUAUAACCCACAUACAGGUGUGUUCACUGUGCCCACUGAUGGUCGGUACUUGUUGAGUGUUGUGAUAACGGCCCAGCAAGGAGAGCGAGUGGAAGCAGUCCUCUCAGUGGCCAACCGUAGCAUCCAGAAACUCGACACAGCUGGACCAGAGGGUGUGGCCUCUGCAGGGUGUCUCUGCGGAGGCUCUGCCUCUGCCAGCCUCGUCCUUGAUCUUAGACACGGUCAGAGGGUGGGGGUUAUAAAGACAUCAGGAACUCUGGCAAUUUCAGCGUCCACUGAGGUUCUUUCCACGUUUAGUGGAGUUCUGCUUUAUCCCAUGCAGGCUAAAAGAUAACUCAAAGCUAAGAGAAUGCAUCAUAUGAACCUGACUUCAUUCUUGGAGUGCCAUUUCAACGCACAAUACAAGUAGUGCUGUCAAUAACAAUGCAUCGAGGUACUGAUCAGAUUUUAGGGUCAUAUUUUAAAGGGUCUAAAUGUCAAUAAACGCGUUAAUGUUAAAUAUGUUAUACCACUAUACUCACCGUCCACUUUAAUAGGAACACCUGCUCAUUUAUCCAGUUAUCCAAUCAGCCGAUCAUGUAGCAGCAGCACAGUACAUAAAAUCAUGCAGAUACAGGGCAAGAGCUUCAGUUCAUGUUUAUAUUAAACAUCAGAGUAGGGAAAAGGUGUGAUUUCUGUGACUUUGAUCGUGGUAUGGUUGUUGGUGCCAGAUGGGCUGGUUUGAGUAUUUCAGAAACUGCUGAUCUCCUAGGAUUUUCUUUCAAACACAAAAGUCUCUAGAGUUUAUACAGAAUGGUGCUUUAAAAAUAAAUAAAUAAAUAAAAUAAACACUGAGUGAGUCACAGUUCUGUGGGUGGAAAUGUCUUGUUGAUAAGAGAGGUCUGAAGAAAAUGGCCAGAUUGGUUCAAGCUGCCAGGAAAGAUACAGUUAAUCAAAUGAUCAAUCUUUACAAUCAUGGUGAGCAGAAAAGUAUCUCAACAUGCACAGAACAUCGAACCUUGAGGUAGAUGGGCUACAGUACAACAGCAGAAGACCACAUUCCACUCCUGUCAGCCAAGAACAGGAAUCUGAAACUGUCAUGGGCACAGACUCGCCCAAACUGGACAGUUGAAGAUUAGGGGGAAAACUUCUUCCGUAGACUUCUUGUUAUCUCAUACCAGGCUGGUCAUUCUCAUAUGAUCUCUCUCAUCAACAAAGUGUUUCAGCCUGCAGACCCUCUGCUCACAGUAUGGUGUUUUGUUUUUUUUUGACAUCAUUCUGUGUAAAGUCUGUGUAGACUGUUGUGUGUGAAAAUCCCAGGAGAUCAGCAGUUCCUGAUACUCAAACCAGCCCAUCUGGUACCAACACGGCUGCCGUGGUUAAAGUCAAGGAGAUCACAUUUAUCCCCCAUUCUGAUGUUUGAUAUGAACAUUAACUGAACCUGUAUCUGUGCACUGUACUGCUACAUGAUUGGCUGAUUGGAUAACUGCAUAAAUGGGCACGUGUGCAGGUGUUUCUUUUAAAGUGGACAGUGAGUAUGUUUCAGUUUUGGUAUACAUUUAACACCACAAUUCUUCAGCAUUUACAUAAAAUAUUGAAUAGAUAUGUAUUUUGGUUGUUAAAUUUGUCAUUAGAUAACAUUUUUUUUAAAGGAAUUUAGCAAAUGAAAAGAGACCGUUUCCAAAAAGAAUACUUUAUCAACAGGUAAAAAUCAUCGAAAUCAUUUAUCAGCCUGAAGCUUACAGUCCUGUCAAUAAUCAAUGUGCAGUGUAUGUGCAAACAGGAAUCCCAUUUUAAAGAUCUUGGUUAAAAUGCAGGAUAUAUUUUACUGCCAAGACCCUCCUAUUACGACAUUCAGACUCUUGAAUUUAAGUUAAGUAAUUUCGUGCUAAAUCGUUGCAUCAGUUGCUAAAGGUAAAGACAUUUUAGAUAGUGUGAAGAAGCUUCUCAUAGAAGAAAAAGAAAAUGACAGAUUUGCAGAUAAGGACAGUGUUGAGACUAAAACUGCCUCAAUCUUGCCAAAUAAAAAUGUGCAUUAUUGGUUUCACAUACCAAUAUUUCUACUGCUGUUAUUUGGAAAGCAUUAUUCUCAAAGCUGACGUUACAUUAGUUACAGUAGUUAUGUUUUUCCGAGUGAUGGCAUCUGCAUUUUAUUUAUAGAUAAUAAUAAGCCAUGCGGUGUUUCUGCAUGGCGAAACAAUUGUUCUAUAAAUCCUGUGUUUCUAGGGUUUCUCCUUUUUUGCAGUACUAAAACAGUAGAUAGUAAACAUCAGUAUAUGUCAUUUAUAGGUAAUAAAUACAUUUUCAUUUAUAGAUAAUGAUUGUGUGUGUGGAGUACUUGUUUAAACUGUGAAAUAGACUUUUAUGUAAAAUAUAACCAUCUACAACCAUCCUCAAUGGAAUUGCAAUACUGGAUGGAAUAUUUCAAAACAAGUUUUCACACAGCUUAUUCAGUACAAAACAUUACUGAAAAUGUGAAUUUGUUUUAUUGCGAUUUCAGUAAGAAAGCGAAAUACAAACAGUAAAGCCAUUUAAAAAAAAAAAAAACUAAAAAAAAACCUCAUUUGUCAUUUGAUGAAUUACAUUUCUUUCAAAUAAAACUUAAAGCUUGAGCAAAACUAAAAUCAUAGCUAAAUUUUAAAUAGCCAUCAACUAUACUAUCAAGCGCCAACUACUGUGCAAACAAGCUUCCAGUUACAAAUAAAGCCUUUUAUAGUCUCCUGGGAUUUUUUUUUGGUUUUAAAUAGAUUUGGUCUAAAGUGCAACAAAAUAUAUUUACAUGUUCAAAGCUCAUCUUACAGUGGGCCAGCCAAUGCUAUUUAUAAGUCUGACAUAUUAACAUAAUUCAUUUCUCUCACCUUCCCAACAUAAUCAGUUUUAUCAGCAGCGCUGCACAGAGAAGCUAAACAGGAUGGAAAUGUGAUAAAAUUACAACAAAAACACAAUAAAUCUUUGACAUGAUCAUUUAUGAAUGAGACUUCAAAUACCUACAUUUUCCCCCUUAAUGGUGGCCUUUAAAUACAUUCGAUCAUUUUCAGUAACUGCUUUAUCCUGCUUGAUCGAGAGUGCACCCUUUACAUCUAGGGAAAUUUAGCAUGGUAUGUCAAGCUACUGACACGGGGAGAACUCGCAAAACUCAACAUAGAUGGUUCCUUGAGCUUCGGAUGGAACUAUGGGCCCUGGGCCUGUGAAGCUAUAUAUUCACAGAAAUAAGGCAUCUCAACUGAGACCUACAGUGCUAUACAUGCUGCAAAAACGUCAAAUAAAAAAUAUAUAUAUAGGUUAAAUUCUCUAUAUAUAGGUGAAAUUCUCUAAAACAAAUAUAAGGUGAUUAAAAUUAUUUCUAGACAUAUUUACAGAUCUUUAAAUGGUCUUGUUCUACUGGCUGAACUUUUGAAGCAUUUAAUAAUAGAAAUAAGCAGAAUCAUCUUGCAGUUGAACAAGUUUGGAACAAUUUCAGGUUUAAACUGUCUAGAAAUUUUAUUAUGAUCUCAUAAGGAGAAAUUUAUUUUGCAGCAGGUAUGCUUGGGGGGGAAAAAAAUAAUGUUGGAAUAAUUUUCAUUUCACUGCACGUUAUAUACUGUAUAUAACUCUGUAUGUGAUCAAUAAAAAUCUU